AUGAUAGCCAAUACUCAACAGAUGAUGGUAGAUGAUUCUAUCAGAUCGUUCAUGAAGUACAAUGAACCAGUUGUAAAUGAAUAUUUGACUCUCAGACAGAGGAUUCUUGAAUUUUGUGGAAGAAGUGAAGACCAACCGAAAGAACUGAAAGAGGAAAAGGAUGAGACUGACAUGGAAGUUGAUACCAAUGAAGCAGGAGAUGCACCAGAUCAAGAGGUAGCAGAACCCAAAGAGCCCGUUGAAACAGAAGAGGUCAAAGAGGUGGAUGUUGAAAAUGAGAGAAAGAAACUUCUUUUGGAAUUGGAUUUGGCUUGGGAAAGUUAUAAAUCAUAUUUGAACGAACUUCAAAUUCUUUUAAACAUAGAAAAGCUUCCUACCAAGAACUUAGAAGAAAUCAACAAGAGCUAUGAAGUGAUAAUAGGUGAAAAAGUCGGGUAUAACAAUAAACUCAAGAACAUUAAAAAUAUUCAAAUGCCUUUGAUAGAGAAGAUGAACAACUUGAAGAAUAAUUUCAAUACCAACUUGAACCAUAAAACCAGUCAACGAUAUUACAAAGAGAGCAAGGAAGAAGAGAUUGAUUCUACAAACCUUCUUUUCACCAAAGAAGAGAUCACAAAUAUGUUUGAUGUUGAUUAUGAUUUCGAUAUGAACAAAUAUAACUUAUUUACUGAAGUUAAAGAUAAACUUUUCUUCAAGAUUUUCAAAACCCAAGAGUCCAAUGAAACCCUUAUUGACGAGUAUGACGAAUUGAUAGAGAAUUUGAAUAUUGACAUCAAAGAAUCUAUAGAAUUGAGGAAUAAGGCUCGUAGUCAAUGGUCAAAGAAUGCUGAAAUUAUUGAUCAGUUCAAAGAUAUAUUGAAACAAGGACCCCAAGAGAACCCCGAACAGUAA